AUGCUGUUCAAGAAACGCUCUUCGCCCGAUGGAUCUACCCUAGGCGGGGAGCCGGGUUCGGGCGGCGGCCGGAGCCAGCAGCUGCCUAUGUUGCAGCUUCCAGACAAAAUGCGGUACAACUUGCUCUGUGUGAUGGGCGAGUUUGUAGGGACCUUCCUGUUUCUGUUCUUCUCCUUCGCUGGUACUCAGGUGUCCAAUACACCGAAGCCGGAGCCUGACGCCCCGCCCAAUACGUCGAACCUGAUGUACUCGGCGCUUUGCUUUGGUUUCGCGUUAACUGUGAACGUCUGGGCAUUCUUCCGUGUCACUGGUGGUCUCUUCAAUCCAGCGGUCACCCUGGCCCUAUGCCUCACCGGUGGCAUGCCCGUUCUCCGGGGAUUAUGCGUCUUCCCUGCUCAGUUAGUCGGUGGCAUUGCUGCGGCGGGCGUAGUGAGUGCCCUAUUCCCGGGCCCGCUGAACUGUGCGACUCGCCUCGGCGGCGGCACAUCAAUCUCGCAAGGACUCUUCAUUGAGAUGUUCCUGACUGCGCAGCUGGUGAUUGUCAUAAUCAUGCUGGCAGUGGUUAAGCACAAGUCCACCUAUCUGGCGCCGGUGGGAAUCGGCUUGUCGUUCUUUGUUGCUGAACUGGUUGGUGAUUUCUUUACCGGAGGAUCCCUCAACCCUGCUCGUUCCCUUGGACCUGAUGUUAUCAAUCGCUCGUUCCCAGGAUAUCACUGGAUCUAUUGGGUCGGCCCUUUCCUCGGGUCGCUUCUGGCCUCCGGCUUUUAUCACCUGCUCCGUUUCGUGCGCUGGGAGCGGAUCAAUCCUGGCCAGGAUUAUAACGAGUGGGAAUGUCGGCUUCGAAAGGAGUCGACAGCUGCCUCGGAUAGCACUGCCGCCGACCAGGUUCACACGGCUUACAGUCGGGAAGUGGGCCCGGGACAGCAGGUCCCAAACCAGGGCUACAUGGGUCCGUCUUACAGUCGCGAAAUGGCUCCAGAACAGCAGGUUCCAACCGAGGGUCACAUG